AUGAAUAGAAAUAAUAAUAAUAUUUGUGUAAGACAUAAAAGAAGUAUUGAUCUCAUUUGUUAUGAUUGUAAUGUUUUGAUGUGUCCAGUAUGUUCACCAAAACAUGCACGUCAUUUCUUCGAUCAUAUCGAUAAUAUUAAAUCAAAUAACAACGAUCAUGAUGAUACUGAUACUUCAGACACUGAAUCUACAGAUAAAAUCAAUAACAUAAAGAAUAAUAAUAAUAGAUUUCAAGGCUUCAGAGAUAUUAAAACCAGUAUGCAAUCCACAUUCGAUUCUUUGAAAUUAAAAGUUGCGGAAUAUGAACAAUUACAACAAACAGAACAAGAGAUUGAAAGUAAAUUCAAAGAGUUACAUGAAUUCCUUGUUGUUGAAGAACAUAGAUUAAAGACACCAAUCAUCAAUAAUAAACAACAACUAGAACGACAAAUCGAUAAACAAAUCAAAAUCAUGAAAUCAUUGAAUACCGUUAAUAAUCAUAUCAGUAUUAAUAAUAACAUUAAUAACAGUAGUAAUAAUGAUGAUCGAUCAUCUUCACAAUCGUCAUGUUCUUCAAAAUCAACAUCAACAAUAACAACAGCAGAUACAAUAGAUAGAUACCAAAUAUCAGCAAUCAUAACAUCGAUUUCACAAUGUUCGGAUCACAAUGAAUUCAUUUCAUCGAACAACAAUACAUUAUUCCAUUUCGAUUAUGAUCAACUUGGCAACAAAGUAAACAACAAUGAUGAUCAUUCAUUCUUAAAUUUAUUACUUGAACACAAUAAAUCAAUUAAAAUCAAUAAUCAUCAUGACAAUCAACAACAAGCAAUACAACAAUAUAAGUUCAUUGUCAAUAAUGAACCAUUUAAUCAAAUCAAGAAUAAUAUUCAAUCAUCUUUUGGAUUGGUACCAAAACAAGACAAAUUGAUAUCUAUUCAAGACAAACAAUCAUAUAUAUUCUCAACUGAUAAAAAUAAUAAAAUAUCAAUCAUCAAUAUUACAGAUCGAAACAAUAUUCAUUUCGAACAACAAGAUAUAGAUAUAGCAAUGUACAAUUCAUUUACAGCUUACAACUCGAUUGUCAAAGUUGGUGACUUUAUCUAUAUAUUUGGUGGUGGCGAGAAUAAGAAGCACAAUAAAUAUCUAAAGUAUUCAAUCAACACCAAAACAGUAAUUAUUAAUGAAAUGAAAGGUGUUAAUCAGUGCGACUUUAUAUCAGCUUGUUAUGAUGGUCAAGAUCAUAUCUAUUUAUUCGAUGGCUUUAAUAAACCAAAAACCGAUAUUUACAGAUACAACAUCAACAAUUCAACAUUCGAAAGAUACUCAACAAUCGAUAUCAAAACAGAUUACCAUCAUCUUACCUUCCUCUUCAAAGGUUUUAUCUAUACUUUCACUGGGAAUACAAGAAAGAUUUUCCUGUUUAUGAAGAAUAAAACAACUGUUGAAUUCCAAAUUGAUAUUCCACGAUACUCUUUAUCAAAAGCAGCAUGUACAGAUGGCAAUGGCAAUAUAUAUCUUCUAUCAACUUUAGGAUUACAUCGAAUUAACAUUGAAGCCAAUGAAAUCAAAUUAUUUGAUAACAGUAAAAUCGAUUUUAAUACAAAUCAUAAUUUAAUUUAUCAUCAAUCAAAUGAUGGUCAAACUUAUAUUUACUCGAUCGAAGGAAAAAAUAGAAAUUUUAUGUUCUCUUUUGAAAACAACAAAUGGGAAUCUAUUCUCCAAAAUGAUCAAUCAGAUAGAACAUAUUGUGCAAACAUAUUCUAUCAAUAA